ACUAUUUUGUUUAUAAAGGCACCCAAAAAAGCAAAGAAGCGGGCAGAUGGAGCCAAUUCCAAUGUCUUCUCCAUGUUUGAGCAAGCACAAAUCCAGGAGUUCAAAGAGGCUUUCACUAUUAUGGAUCAGAACAGAAACGGAUUCAUUGACAAGAAUGACCUGAGGGAUACAUUUGCAGCUCUAGGCCGCCUAAAUGUCAAACAAGAGGAGAUUGAUGAGAUGCUGAAGGAGGCACCAGGACCCAUAAACUUCACCGUCUUUCUCACCAUGUUUGGAGAGAAGCUAAAAGGUGCUGACGCAGAGGAAACCAUCCUGAAUGCCUUUAAAGUGUUCGAUCCAGAAGGAAAGGGGACUUUAAAGAAGGAGUUUCUGACACAGAUGUUAACAACGCAAGCAGACAGAUUUUCUCCAGAAGAGAUGGAGCAGAUGUUUAGUGCUUUCCCUCCAGAUGCUACCGGAAAUCUGGACUAUAAGAACCUGGUCCACAUCAUCACACAUGGAGAGGAGAAAGACUAA